AUGGAAGGAAAACAUCCAAACAGACCACCUUACCAAAGUUGGGUGUUGUAUAAAGAACUCAGAAAGAAAGAAACUGGGCUUAUGACAGCAGCAGAUGAAAAGUGGCACAAGUACCGAAGUGCCAUAGCGCCACGUCUCCUGCGACCACAAAUGGCAGCUGGCUAUACAGACAAACUCAGCAACAUUGUCUCGGACUUAAUUAAACGAAUACACAAGAUCAGAAACAGAGAAGACCACACGGUGCCAAUGUUACAGAAUGAACUCUACAAAUGGGCCACUGAAUGGAAUAUAAAGAAACACAUAUCUAUCUAUCUAUCUAUCUAUCUUUGCCCAAAUCUACCUAUCUAUCUUUCUAUCUAUCUAUCUUUCUAUCUAUUUCUGUUCAAAUCUAUCUAUCUAUCUAUCUAUCUAUCUAUCUAUCUAUCUAUCUAUCUAUCUAUCUCUGUUCAAAUCUGUCUAUCUAUCUAUCUAUCUAUCUAUCUAUCUCUGUUCAAAUCUGUCUACCUUCUAUCUAUUUCUGUUCAACUCUAUCUAUCUAUCUAUCUAUCUAUCUAUCUAUCUAUCUAUCUAUCUAUCUAUAUUUGCCCAAAUCUACCUAUCUAUCUUUCUAUCUAUCUCUGUUCAAAUUUAUCUAUCUUUCUAUCUAUUUCUGUUCAAAUCUAUCUAUCUAUCUAUCUAUCUAUCUAUCUAUCUAUCUAUCUAUCUAUCUAUCUCUGUUCAAAUCUGUCUAUCUAUCUAUCUAUCUAUCUGUCUAUCUAUUUCUGUUCAAAUCUAUCUACCUUCUAUCUAUUUCUGUUCAACUCUAUCUAUCUAUCUAUCUAUCUAUCUAUCUAUCUAUCUGUUCAAAUCUAUUUAUCUAUCUACCUAUCUCUGUUCAAAUCUAUCUAUCUCUAUCUAUCUAUUUAUCUCUCUAUCUCUGUUCAGAUCUAUCUAUCUAUCUAUCUAUCUAUCUAUCUAUCUAUCUAUCUAUCUCUGUUCAAAUCUAUCGAUCAUCUAUCUCUGUUCAAAUCUAUCUAUCAAUCUAUCUAUCUAGCUAUCCAUCUAUCUAUCUAUUUCAGUCUCUCCAUAUUUAUCGAUAUUUCUAUAUAUUUAUCUAUCUAUCACAGCUAUUUCAUAUCUAUCUUUCUAUCAGUCUCAGACUCACCAUAUCUAUUUCAUUGUAGUCAUAUCUAUCUAUCUCAAUCUUCAUAUCUAUCUAUCUAUAACAGCUAUUUCAUAUCUAUCUAUCUUUUUAUCUAUCUAUUUCAGUCUCUCCAUAUCUGCUAUCUAUUUUUCUAUCUAUCUCAGUCUCUCCAUAUUUAUCAAUAUCUCUAUCUAUCUAUGAUAGCUAUUUCUUAUCUAUCUGACUCAAACUCUCCAUAUCUAUCUAUCUCAUUCUAG